AUGUCUGUUUACAUUGUCGCCUCUGCCAGAACGCCUAUUGGCUCGUUCCAGGGCUCGUUGAGCUCGCUCACAUACCCUGAGUUGGGUGCCCACGCGGUGAAGGCUGCGUUGGAGAAGGUGCCCCAGAUUAAGCCAGAAGACGUGGAAGAAGUCAUCUUUGGUGGUGUUUUGCAGGCCAACGUGGGCCAGGCGCCAGCCAGACAGGUUGCUUUGAAAGCUGGUCUUUCCGAAUCCGUGGUGGCUUCGACCAUCAACAAGGUGUGUGCUUCGGGUAUGAAGGCUGUCAUUUUGGGUGCUCAGACCAUCUUGACUGGAACUGCUGAUAUUGUUGUUGCUGGCGGUGCCGAGUCCAUGUCCAACACGCCUUACUACCUUCCUCUGGCCCGUCUGGGUGCCAGAUACGGCGACACCCAGUUGAUUGACGGUGUGCAGAAGGAUGGUUUGUUGGAUGUGUACGACCAGAAGUUGAUGGGUGUGGCUGCUGAAAAAUGUGCCAAGGACUACGAUAUUACUAGAGACGACCAGGAUGCCUUUGCCUUGGCUUCGUACCACAGAGCCCAGGACGCCGCCAAGGACGGCAAGUUCAAGAACGAGAUUGCCCCAGUCACCAUCAAGGGUUUCAGAGGUAAGCCAGACAAGGUUGUUUCUGAGGAUGAGGAGCCUGCCAACUUGAACGAGGACCGUUUGAAGUCUGCCAGAACUGUUUUCCAGAAGGAGAACGGUACUGUCACCGCUCCUAACGCUUCCAAGUUGAACGACGGUGGUGCUGCCUUGAUCUUGGUUUCCGAGGCCAAGUUGAAGGAAUUGGGCUUGACUCCAUUGGCCAAGAUCCGUGGCUGGGGUGAGGCUGCCAGAUCCCCAAUUGACUUCACUGUCGCUCCAUCCUUGGCUGUUCCAAAGGCCUUGAAGCACGCUUCUGUCGCUCAGGAUGAUGUGGACUUCUACGAGGUCAAUGAAGCCUUCUCUGUGGUUGGUUUGGCCAACGCCAAGCUCUGCAACCUUCCUCACAACAAGAUGAACGUCUACGGUGGUGCUGUCGCCUUGGGCCAUCCAUUGGGUUGUUCUGGUGCUAGAAUCAUUGUCACCUUGCUUUCUGUGUUGAACCAGGAAGGUGGUAAGAUUGGUGUCGCUGGUGUGUGCAACGGUGGUGGUGGUGCUUCUGCCAUUGUCAUUGAGCGCGUUGACCACGACUCCAAGUUGUAA